AUGGUUCGGUUUCUUGCAGCCCUCUGUUGAAACCACAAUUAUAUUUCUUGAAAUCUCUCUUAAGAAUCAUGUUUAUCAUCAUUAUACCUUCCUGUCUACGUGAAGAAAUGGAAUAGAAUAAACCACAGAGGUCUGCUUUACACCCUUUUCUUACUUUAUUUGUGCUCAGAGUGUAUUAGCUUUUUCCCAUUCAAAGUUCUUCUUGUCAGAUCAAAAAUCCAUAUAUUCUAAGACCUAUCUCUCUGAUCUGAUCAAGACCCACUUCCCAAAAUGCAGAUUCUAGGAUGGGUUUCUAAGCUUUUACUGCUAUCCUUCUUUCUUGCUGUGGUUUCACCACUGUCACUUGCUCAAACAAUAACCCCACUGCAGACCUCAGUUUGCUCAGAGGCGGACAGGGUAGCUCUUCUUGGCUUCAAAGCAAGAAUCUUGAAGGAUGCUACAGAUAUUCUCUCUUCAUGGAUAGGGAAGGAUUGUUGUGGAGGGGAUUGGGAGGGUGUUCAAUGCAACCCUGCUACAGGUAGGGUUACUGAUUUGGUGUUGCAGGGACCUGCGAGGGACAGUGGCAUUUACAUGAGGGGCACUUUGUCACCUUCUCUUGGCAGUUUGGCAUUCUUAGAGGUGAUGGUGAUAAGUGGUAUGAAGCAUAUUGCAGGUCCUAUUCCUGAAAGCUUCUCUAGUUUGACCCAUCUCACACAAUUGGUCCUAGAGGAUAAUUCUCUUGAAGGGAACAUUCCUCCUGGUUUAGGCCGUUUGCCCUUGCUCAAUAUCCUCUCAUUGAAUGGAAACCAUUUGAGAGGGCAGAUUCCUCCAAGCCUAGGUAAUUUUAAAAAGCUCCAGCAGUUGAGUUUAGCAAGAAAUUUGUUAUCAGGUCCUAUCCCAACCACUUUCCAAAAUUUCCUUAGUUUGCAAUCUCUUGAUUUGAGUUUCAAUUUGUUGUCUGGGUUGAUUCCAGAUAUUCUGGGGCACUUUCAAAACCUCACCUUCAUUGACCUGUCCAAUAACCAAUUGUCUGGGCUCUUACCACCUUCACUGUUCAGCCUGGUCAAACUUCAGGACUUGUCCCUGGAUCAUAACCAGCUGACAGGAAGAAUCCCAAACCAAAUUGCAGGCCUAAAAUCUCUUACUCAUCUCUCUUUGAGUUCUAAUAGGCUUACAGGUCAAAUCCCUUCAUCCAUUUCAAGCUUACAGAACCUUUGGUACCUUAACUUAUCCAGAAAUGGGCUCUCAGAUCCCUUUCCAGUUAUUCAAGGCAGAGGUCUUCCUUCUCUAUUGUCAAUAGACCUGUCCUACAACCACCUCAGUUUAGGGACAGUUCCUGCUUGGAUCAAAGAUAGACAACUUUCAGAUGUUCAUCUAGCUGGCUGUAAACUUGAAGGAAACCUUCCAAAAUUUACAAGACCAGAUUCUUUGAGCUCUUUAGACCUAUCUGAUAACUUCCUCGUAGAUGGCAUUGCUGGUUUCUUCACCAACAUGUCUAAUUUGCAAAAGCUCAAGCUGUCAAACAACCAAUUGAAGUUUGACCUUUUCGACAUCAAAUUGCCGGAUGGAAUUUCUUCAAUCGAGCUCCAAUCAAAUCAGCUCAGUGGGUUUCUCUCAAGGAUCUUAAAUAACAGGACAUGCAGCUUUUUGGAGGUUUUAGAUGUAUCAGGGAACCAAAUUUCAGGCACAAUGCCAGAAUUCAUUGAAGGAUUGAGCUUGAAGGUUCUAAACAUAGGAAGCAACAAGAUUACAGGUCAGUUCCCUGGUUCAAUCUCAAACCUGAAAGAACUGGAGAGGAUGGAUAUUUCAAGGAACCAGAUAACAGGCACCAUUCCAACUACCUUGGGGCUCUUGUCGAAUCUUCAAUGGCUUGACCUAUCUAUCAACAGACUCACAGGGAAAAUCCCAGCCAGCUUGUUGGGGAUUACAAAUCUGAGACAUGCAAGCUUCAGGGCCAACAGGCUUUGUGGAGAGAUCCCACAAGGUAGACCUUAUAAUAUCUUCCCUGCAGGUGCUUAUGCUCACAAUCUAUGCUUAUGUGGCAAACCUCUGCCACUUUGUAGGACAAAGAAAUGAAAAAUAAGGAGAAAUGGGCCAGUCUGAUGCUGACUCAAUUACCAAGGAUACAAGCUCAAUAUCAAAUGAGCAUUGUCACCUGAGGCAAGGAUGGCAGUUUAUGUUUUCUGCAACAGUUAUAGUUCAUUUUUUGUUCUUUUGCUUAAAAUUCCUGUAGCCAUGUUUAGUGAUACAUGUCAUGUCAUUGAAGAAAUAAAAUCCCAUUAUUUAUAGCCA